AUGCAGCGGCCAGCGCCUUAUUCGUAUCAUUUGGAUGAUCAACCACGGGCUGUGCCUUCCGUCUAUGCCGCUGAUCUGGAACUCGCUCGUGGAGCUGCCAACACCACAACCUAUGUACAGUCUGGAUUUCAUGGCACUAUACCACAAACGAAACAACUCGAAAACUUGAAGUUGAAUGAAUCUGGUGAUCCUCCACGACCCGUAUACUCAAGAUAUGCCAACUUACCCGUUUACUAUAACUCGACAACAGAUACAAUGUGGGAUAAUGAAAUGGCUUGGAGCUAUUCAUAUCAUGUGCCUCCAGCCAAAGAGAUGUCCUUCGGCAAAGGAGCUGAUACGCUCAAACCGAGCACACCAACGGGCAGCGCUUCAAAAAGCCCGUUAAUUAAAGAGAAUCAAGUUUCUGCCUACUUCGAUCCAUAG